AUGGCCAAACCCAAGCGUCCUUCCGAAACAAUGACCACUUGGACCGGUCAACAACGACCAAGUGUUGAGGCAGAUCCCAGACCGAGUAAGAAGCUAAAGCAGGAGGAUUGGAAAGAUUAUGAAGUUCACGAACGUUAUAACAAAGGCGAUUGUGUGCUCGUCUCCAGUGACAAGAUUGUAUUUCGUGUUGAAAAAUAUCAUCUCCAGUCCGCCAGCUCUGUGCUUCGUACCUCUCUUGCAUCAUCCGAUUCAAAAUCCAACGAGAGCGUGAUUCAGAUGAAGGAUCCGAACAUCGAAAAUUCUCGCGUCCUUGAACGUAUUCUUCAAUAUCUACAUGGAGAUCCGGUUCAUGUUUCAUGGCAAGAUUUCUGCUUGGUAUUUUAUGGUUCAUGUUUGAGCUUUAUCUGCAAAUGGGAUUGUCGAAACUUGCUCAACCAUAUCCUAUCGGAUCUAACAGUGAUCGCCUCGAGUCCGGAUUACUGUUACGACCCUAUGGACAUGUUCAACAUCGGAGCGAAUUUCAAUAAUGUUCCAUUAUGCACGACCGUGGUAAGAAAUCAUCACUUCACUUUUGUGGUGGAUGAGAUUCUCGAUAGCUGUAGUAGCCCGGGGUUCAAGAGGACUGAAAAGGGACCCCUUUUUUCAGCUUAUUGGGAGGAAGAAGAGUUCUUUCGACAUCCUCGAUACUCAUGGGCGUUGAUGGUUGCUACUCGAGAUUAUGAGUCGGAUAUGAAUGCUGAGGAUUAUCCGGACGCUGAGGCUUGGGGGGAUAUCGCUGAUAACUUUGAGAAGAUUAUUCUUAAUGAUCCCCCGGUCAAUUCUGAUUGA